GUACCGGUAAGGCCUCGAGAGUAUAAAACCUGACGCAAGCCAUCAUUCUGCCUCUCAGCUCAUUCACACCAACUGGCCUAAACACCACCACGGCGUUGAGGACUAGCAUUUUACCUGCAAACUUCAUGUGAGAAAAUCUUCACCGAAUACAACCACCACGAUGCCUUCUGCUACAAAAAUCAUCAAUUUUUCACCCGGACCAGCUAAACUCCCCGAAGAGGUAUUGGAACAUGCACAGAAAGAAAUGAUCAGCUACAAGAAUACUGGAAUCAGCGUCAUGGAACUGAGCCACAGAUCUUCUGACUUCUUGAAGAUCAUCGACCAAGCUGAGAAAGAUCUUCGGGAUUUGCUCCGUAUCCCUGACAACUACAAGGUGCUGUUCCUGCAAGGUGGUGGCACUGGACAGUUCUCUGCUGUUCCCUUGAACCUCAUCAAGAGGAAUGAAAGUGGGGCAGCAGACUAUAUCGUCACAGGGAGCUGGUCAGCCAAAGCUGCCAAGGAGGCCGAGAAAUUUGGAAAAAUCAACCGGGUUCUGCCGAAAACAGACAAAUAUACAGUUAUUCCUGACCAGUCUCAAUGGAAGCUGAAUCCAGAUGCUUCUUUUGUCUAUUACUGUGCCAACGAAACAAUUCAUGGUGUUGAGUUCCAGUUCGUCCCAGAGACACAUGGUGUCCCGCUAGUCUGUGAUAUGUCUUCAAAUAUUCUUUCAAGACAUGUGGAUGUUUCCAAGUUUGGUGUGAUAUUUGCUGGGGCACAGAAGAACAUCGGCUGUGCAGGUGUUACCCUUGUCAUCAUCCGCGAAGACCUCAUCGGUCAUGCAAUGCCCACCUGUCCCGUCAUCUUCGACUACAAGACACAAGUCGGCAACAACUCCCUCUACAAUACUCCUCCCACCUACAGCAUCUAUAUCAUGGGGCUCGUCUUUGAAUGGAUUCAGAAACAAGGAGGUGUUGAGAAGAUGGAGAAGAAUGCAGUUGCCAAGUCAACAGCAGUUUAUGAUCUCAUCAACCAGUCAAACGGUUUCUUCAACUGCCCAUUAGAUACGAAAUGUCGGAGUCGUAUGAAUAUUCCAGUCCGUAUCGGUUCCAUGGAGGGAGUUGAAGCUCUGGAGAAGAAGUUCAUUGAGGAAGCAACAGAAAAUGGUCUCGUCUCACUUAAAGGUCAUAGAUCUGUAGGGGGUCUGCGAAUUUCACUCUACAAUGCUGUCAAGGUGGACGAGGCGCUAGUCCUUGUGAAUUUCAUGAAGAAGUUCCAGCAGGAACACCAGUCAUGAACAAAGAUUUGUCUGUACCAUGUCCACUAGAAGCAAUCUGUAUAUGUAUUUCGGAUAAACCUGCCAACUAAACACACUCAUUAAAAUGGGGAGGUGCAAUGUAGGGGAUGAUUGUUAACUCAGUUUAAGGUCACGGUACAAGACUGAUAUACAAAUGUCCUUUCAAUUUCUGUGAUGAUAUCAUACAUGCACAAAAUAGUUUUUAAAGCCAUUAGAUCUGAAUUCUGAUGUUUUAGGUGUUCAAUAAUAUUUAUUGAACUUUUAUUAUCCUGAUUGUUUGUUGAGAAUUGUCUCCCUUGCGAAGGGUGGGUAACUCUAAGGCUGCUAUUUGGUCCAGGGGUUGUCUCCCUUGUCAAGGGCAAGUAACUCUUUUAAUAUUGUAAAGACAGUGACACAAAGAUAUGAAGUACCACAAGGACGGUCAUACAUCACACAUGUGACUGUAAAUAUAUUUUCAUCUCUAAAAUAAGGAUACCAUAUGGCCAGUAUGUGUAUCCUGUUCUGUCCAUGUAAAUAGUGUAUAGACUGCUUAACACACUGUAUUGGUACUAUGUACUAUGAUAUUUGUAAAUAUUGACUGUUCUUUCAUUCUGUUGAAUUGAAAGUUUCUUCAUUUAUUGAAGAUGUCCUGUAAAUAAAGUAUUGGAACUCAA